CUUCAGACUGAUUUGAGAACUGAAACUUUCCCUGACAACACGCCUAUAACCGUGACAUCGAGUGAACCAAGUGACGGUAGUGGCAUUCUGACAAACACACCGAAUAGUUUUGCAGAAUUUCUCACAGAAAGAAGGUCGGAUUUUAGCUCGGGACAGUCAGUGCAUUGUCAGAGCGCAGCGAGACAAACCGAGCCGAUAGACCAAACAACACACACUGCUGGCUUGGUGGCCAGAGAACUACAGUACAGUACUACAGAGAGAAGCAAACGCCUGAGCACCAACAGCCGGUGAGACGGAGCGCAAACACAAUCUAGCACAGUCACCGCAAUUCUCCAGCUCUAGGCUACUGGAACAUCUUCCUGUGGGCCUCCUUUUCGUUUUUACGCGCGUCCUGCAGGGGUUGUCGACGGUUGGGUAGAUCUACAUCCGACAUGUCAACGGUUACAGCUUCGGUGGUUGAUGUUUCCAGAAAUAUUUAUUCAACCGAAAACGGAAACCGUGGCGGCAGUAAUUAUACAGGCCAGUGUACGCCAAUGCCCCUGCCUGCGCUGGGGACCCAGAAGAUUAUCCAGGGGAAUGGCACCAACGUGGGAACGGUGAUCACCUUGCAGUGCCCAUCCAGACACCAUCUGGUCGGGGGCAGUGAGGUGUCCUGCGUCUGGGGCAGCAACAGCACCCAGUGGUCAGGAGGUUCACCCUGGUGUAAACCGUUGUCCAUGUCGGAGGACUUUGGGUUCAGUGUGGCAGUGGUGUCCUCUAUCAUCAGCUGUGCCAUCAUCCUCCUCAUGUCCAUGGCCUUCAUCACCUGCUGUCUGCUCGACUGUGUCAAGGAGGAGGAAAGGAAAAAGGAGGAGAGGGAGACGGAUCUGUGGCACCAGCCGGAGCAAGGGGAGCAGGAGGAGAACAGGGCCUCUCGCUAUGACCACAAGGGCAGAAACAACAAUAACAACACCCAGGAGAAGACACUGCCACAAUGGGACCACCAGGACCCUUCAAUGUGUGACCAAAGGAGACCCAGCUGGUGCCAUCAGUACCCCUAUGCUCUGACUGGUCCAGCCCCAGCCUCCACCUUCGGCCCAGCCCUCAACUCACCCCCUCUCCCCUGCAGAGGCUACGACCAGCCCAUUCUUUUGCAUAACUCAGGCCUGUACCGCAACCCAGGUCAGCCAAACAAUCCAGGCCUACUUCAAAACCCCAUCCCGCCCCAGUAUCCAGGUUCAACUCGGACCGUGGGGUACCGGAACCCAGAGGUACCCCCUGGCUCAGGCUUGGCCAGGCUGUAUGUAGGACAGGAGGGCAGUGUGUCCGUGGUGAGCACUCCACUUCUGGAGGAGUGGAGUGCCCAGGAGCGCCCCAUACGGGUCAUAUCCAUGUGAGGUCACAACCAGGAAGUGACUGGACAUAGACCACAUGGGCAUGGAUAAACUGAACAUCAAUCAAGAAACUGGAUCCAAAAGGGAGAGGACCACCUCAAUGGGGACCACACCUAUGUCAUUAACAACCAGGCACCAAUGACUGAAUAAUUAGGGGGCGCUCAUGUAGUUCUGUUUCACUGUAUGUACAAGUGGGUAACCUGUACAAGUGUGAGGUGUGAAAUGGAAAUGUAUUUUUUGCAUAUCCCACUCCCCCUGAGACACCCUCGGAGAGUGGGGUCACAGCCAGGCGAUCAGCCAUUAUUGACAGCAACCCUGGAGAAAUUAGGAUGAAUUGUCUUGCUCAAGGGCAGAAUGACAUAUUUUUACCUUGUCGGCUCGGGGAUUCAAUCCAGCACGCGAGUAGCGGUAGACCAUUCGGUGGCAAAGCAGCAUUUUUAGGUUGCAUCAGACAUGUGCCUUAAACGCAGACCCUAUCCCUCUGGACACUGCCAGAAGCCGAGAGUUGGUGAGGACAUUCAUUAUUCCAUAGGAAUCACUUAUUGUGUUACUGAUUGAUUUCACAGUGUUCUUCCGUGAAAUGUACAGUAGUAAACAUGUUCAGUUCGGAAAUAUCCUGUAUCUCUGAGUUACGAAAUCUAGUAAUUCUGCUUCUGGAAAGAAUCCUUAAAACGUUGUACAGUAUUCUGCAUUUUUAGGUUUGAUGCUACUGCUUUGUUGAAUCCAGGGAUAGCAUGUGUAGGGCUACAGUUCCCAAUCCUGUUGUGUAUAGUAUGUGAUGGUACUUCAUGGUACAAAUAACUGUUAAAUUUUAUUCUGUACUAUUGGAAUGAAAAUUGAAUUUUCUGAAACUUUUUUAUAUUCCUAUACCCAACUGAUACUGACAUUGAUGGUACAUUAUGCAAGUUGUGCAAGUCACACUGCAGAUGGAUUGACAAUGAAUCAUUUAAUAAAUUCUACAUUCUUGAA